AUGCCACGUGAGGCUCAAAGAAACCCUCCUGUGCCGGCGUACCAGGCCUCCCCCGGGUCCAUCCUUCACGCCGACCAAGACUUUUACAAGACCAUUGCCGCCGCAGAGCGUAAUCUGGUCAACUCGUUCACCCUUCACAUUCGUUCCGGCCGCGCCUGGAAAGCUCCCGCCGGCAGCAUCGUCCGCCUCUCCACACCCGAAGGCCCCCAAGUCGGCGAUUUGAACAUCUGGAACCUCCACGAUCCUCGAGAACGCUUCUGGGCAGCGCGAACACGACAAUUACACGCCAGCCAUGUCACGACCUACGAUCGUCUCUGGAGCGUUUUACCUUUCCUCCGACCCAUGGUGACGAUCAUCCACGAUAGUCUAUCCGAUUACCCUCGACCCGAUAAAUGGAAUGGCAGAUGUCAUGAUUUACUAGGCACGAGAUGUGACCCUUAUGUGAAUAAAAUGUUAUCGGGAGAUUCGUAUGAUUAUCAUUGUCAUAGUAAUUUGACACGAGCGGUUUUGCCUUUUGGUUUGACGGAAUUUGAUGUUCAUGAUGUGUUGAAUGUUUUUCAGGUUACGGGGUUGGAUAAUGAGGGGAAGUAUUUUAUGGAGGCUUCGCCUGCGCGGAAGGGGGAUUGUAUUGAGUUUUUUGCUGAGCAGGAUUUGUUGAUGGCUUUGAGUACUUGUCCUGGUGGGGAUUUGAGUAUGUGGGGUUGGGGAGAGGGUGGGGAGGGUGUGGGGGAAGAGGAAGAGAAGAAGAGUAUGGUGGAGUGUUGUCGGCCGUUGAAGGUGGAGGUUUUUGAGUUGAAGGAGAGAGAUAUUGUGCUUAAGGAUUGGAAGCCGUUUGAGAGGGCUGAUUAUAGAGGGAGGCAUGGAAUGAAGGUGCCUGAGGGUGAAGGAAGUGCUUGA